CUGCCUGUUAUGCUCUCAGGCACUUGGCAUGCGAUCCUUGCUUGACGCUUUACCAUCGAGAAGCUAGUGCGGUCUGAAUCACGGCCUAGAACCUGAAGCGCGGCAUUGAGCGGCUCAUUAGUUCUGACGCCGCGCUUAGGAGGAGCACUAGACCAGAGGUGUCUUAUGGUCGUCACUUGAGUGUAAUAAACGUUUAGGCACUCCCUGGUCAUUGCGCAACGCUCCUCGGCUUAUAGAGCAACAUUUCCGCGUGUAACGUUAUCGCCGCGUCAAGCAUCAGACGGCUGCCACUAUGUUGAAACCCGCGGAGCAUCAAGUGGCUGGCCACAGAUUCGAGGAGGGCCGGCAGGGCUCGUUAGUAGACGACUCGGGGUGCUUCUAUAAGCCGAUGCAGGCAGGCGAGCGCGGCGAGAAGGAGCUAAACUUCUACAAUAAGAUCGCUGCGGACGAGUCUAUACCUGCGGAGAUUAAAGCCAUGUUCCCUGCGUGCCACGGCAGCAAGGAGGUGCUGCUGCCGCCGGCUCACACGCCCUCAGCGGCUCUUGCUGCUGGCGCUGCUGCUGCCGCGUCGGCUUCUGCUGCUGCUGCCGUUGCCGCUGCUGCUGGGCAAGGGGCGGAGGAGCAGCUUACACCAGUGAAUAUCCGCCCGCGAUUCCUCCACGCCCUCCCUGUGCUGUGACCAAAAGCUUUGGCUUACUCUGCCCAAUUGUGUUCCCCCUCCCCGAUCUCUGUUUCCUGUAGCAUCCACUUUCUGAGGUAGUGGACCCAUGCUCAUAGCUGCACUACUUCAGACCAUACCCAUGACAUACCAAGACCCGAACACACCUUGUUUCAUUGACCGUUCCCUUUGCGUUGCGGGUUGUAGCCUCAAGUUACCGGCAGUGCAUUCCAGUUUAGAAAAACCUUCAAAACAGUGCCUCUUGGCAUUCGCUUCUUGGCAGUGCCUCGGUGUCUCUCUCCACAGCAACCCUUCUCCAUUAUGCGCUUCGUUCUAAUCCUCAGCGUCAUUCGAUAAGUUCCUUCCUUAACUCCUCCCCGUUUCUUCUUUGCUUCUCCAUCCUCCUCUCCUCCUCUCCUCUCGUCAACCUUUACCCUUCCUCCCUCCCCGUUCCCCCCACUCUCCAUUCUCUCCCCUCGUUCCUCUAUCCUCUAUCCUCUUUCCUCUCCCCUCGUUCCUCUAUCCUCUUUCCUCUAUCCUCGUUCCUCUAUCCUCUUUCCUCUAUCCUCUUUCCUCUCCCCUCGUUCCUCUAUCCUCUUUCCUCUAUCCUCGUUCCUCUAUCCUCUAUCCUCUAUCCUCGUUCCUCUAUCCUCUAUCCUCUAUCCUCUAUCCUCUUUCCUCUAUCCUCUAUCCUCUAUCCCUCCCUAUAUUAUCGCUCAUUUCCAACCUCCUGGCAAUCCUACUUCCGAUCCAACAUCGUUUGAGACGUCGCAAAACUCCCGACAUUUCGGCCUGCGGCUUGUGCAAUGAAGGCCCGCCUGGAUGUGUUGGCGUGCACCCUUGUGUGUGGGCGCGUGUGAAUGUGUGCAUGUGAAUGUGUGCAUGUGAAUGUGGGCGUGUGAAUGUGUGCAUGUGCAUGUGGUCGUGUGAAUGUGUGCAUGUGGAUGUGGGCGUGUGAAUGUGUGCAUGUGCAUGUGGUCGUGUGAAUGUGUGCAUGUGAAUGUGGGCGUGUGAAUGUGUGCAUGUGAAUGUGGGCAUGUGACUGUGUGCAUGUGAAUGUGGUCGUGUGAAUGUGUGCAUGUGCAUGUGGUCGUGUGAAUGUGUGCAUGUGAAUGUGGGCGUGUGAAUGUGUGCAUGUGAAUCUGGGCGUGUGAAUGUGUACAUGUGAAUGCGCAUGUGCAUGCGUGCAUGUGUGUGUGCGCGCACGCACGUGCAUGGGCGUGUGAGCGUGUGCGUGCACUGGCGAGUGUGUGCGCGUGUGAAUGCGUGUGUGGGUGGGUGUGCGUGUCUCGAAUUCGUGAUGCUACGGCUGUGUGAUGGCGUGUCUCGAAUGUGUUGCUCGCUCUUCAUGCUGCACAGUUUCUUGUAAUGGAGGAUCUCACAAGGAACUACAAGCUUCCAUGCAUCAUGGACAUCAAGAUGGGGCGGAAGACAUGGUACCAGGGGGCUCCUCAGAAGUACAUCGACAAAUGCCUGGUGAAAGACGCCACCACCACAUCCGGCACGCUGGGCUACAGGAUUGCAGGCAUGCAGGUGCACGACAGCAGCACUGAUGCCAUGUGGCGGGCCGACCGCAAGUGGUGCCAGAACCUGACCAAUCAGCAGAUGCCAGCUGUCUUCCGCCUCUUCUUCUCCCUCACUCCCACCGCUGACGCCCCUGCCAUCGACGCCAUUGCUGCUGGUAGUGCUGCUGGCGAUGGUACUAGUGAUGCUGCUGCUACUGCUUCCGGUGAUGUCAGUGCUGCUGCGAAAGAGAGGAUGCGAAGCGUCUUGUGUGGAGAAGGGGGGCUGCUGGCGCAGCUGCAGACACUCAGGGACUGGUUCGCCCAGCAGACCACCUUCCAUUUCUUCUCUGCCUCCAUCCUCCUCAUCUACGAAGCUCCCACUGGGAGCACGCAGGGGCACCCGCCCUCCCUGCGCCUGGUGGACUUUGCUCAUGCCAUCGAUGGGCAUGGGGAGAUCGAUAGCAACUUUCUGGAGGCCAUAGAUGGUGUGGUUGUGGCGUUGAACGGGCUGCUGGCAGAGGAGCAGGUUGCGGAGCAGUGAGACGAGUGUGCGUUUGGUGCUCCUCUUCUCCCCAGUCGCUGCAGCUGGUGGGCUUUGCGCACGCCAUGGAUGGACAUGGGGAGAUCGACAGCAACGAUUUGGAGGCCGUGGAUGCUGUCACAGGGGCGUUGAACGGACUGUUGGGGGAGUAGGUAGGUGCUUGAGGGCGUAAAAAAACGGUGGGCAAUAGGCACCCCCCCUCCCUCCAGCUCAUGACUUAGCUCACGCCAUGGAUGGGCAUGGGGAGAUUGACAGCAACGAUUUGGAGGCGACCGUUGCAGUCACAGGGGCGUUGAACGGACUGCUGGGGGAGGAGCAGGCGGUGAGCGGUGGUGACUGAAGGGCCACGAGGACGGUGGGGAUUGAUGGGUGGGGGGAGAUGACAACAACUUUCUGGGGGCGAUCGAUGCAGUCACAGGGGCGUUGAACGGACUGUUGGGAGAGGAGUAGGCGGCGGUGGGCGGUGACUGAAGGGCCUGGAGGAUGGUGGGCAUUGAUGGGUGCGCGGCGAUAGCCCAAAACUUUAAGGAGGCCAUAGACGCUGUCACAAGGGUGUUGAAGGGACUGCUGGGGGAGUAGGUGGUAGGUGGUGACUGAAGGUCCACGAGGCCACAAGGGCGGUGGGCAGUGAACAGUGAACAUUCGCCCUCUCUACAGCUGGUGGACUUCGCUCCAGAACCUUCUGGAGGCGAUUGAUGCUGUCGCAGGGGCGUUGAACAGCCUGCUGGGGGGGGGGGAGGGGGGGAGCAGUGAGCUGAGUUUGCCGUUGCCUAGGACGGGAAGGAGAACCUUCUGCAUGCAUGCGAUGGUGUGCGGUGUUGAAGAGAGUGCUGCUGGAUUAGUGACCAGGGUGUGGGUUUGGUUUGGUCCUCCUCACUCCCUCUAGUGUGCAUCUGGUUUGGUGGGCUUCUCACACACCCCAGGUCGGCAUAGCAAGAUGGAUGAGCAGUGGCUUGGUCACUGGAAAACACCUACCUACCUACUACGGAAUCUGAUCUAGACGCCUGCCAAUAUGCGUUGGUGCUUAAAAAUUAAAUGACUAUCCAGUGA